GCAUAAGGCUGGCCAGCCAGAGAGGAAAAUAGCACUCAGGAGGCAAGUGCACUGUCGUUGUUUUGCAAGAAGAGUGGUGAGAAUAAUUGUGAGUGAGAGAGUGAUGUAAGGGAAAAGAGAGAAGAGAAGAAAAGGACUUGAUUAAGAAAUACUUAUACCCAUCCAUAAGAAGCAACCCUAAAGGGAAGAUGGAUCCCAGCAAGGCCUCUGCUCCCCCUUCUGGCUGGAAUCACGAUGACAAAGCAGGAAUGGCUCAUCCACCACCACCCUACCAAGACCAGCACCCCUAUCCUGGGGCUUACCCGUCCCCGGGGGCCGUACACCCCCAAGGGGCCUACUACCCGCCUGGACCUGGGGGUCCUCCAGCAGGAGUCCACAUGGGCCAGCCUUACCCUCAAGCCCAGUACCCUCAAGGCCAGUAUCCGCAGGGCCAGUACCCACAAGGCCAGUAUCCGCAGGGCCAGUAUCCGCAGGGCCAGUACCCACAAGGCCAGUACCCGCAGGGCCAGUACCCGCAGGGUCAGUACACCCAGGGAAACACGGUUAUGGUCCAGCCUACGACGGUGUUUGUGACCAACUCACCUCUCCCCCAUCCGGUGCCGGACUACUUGGGCUAUUCUAUUUUCAAUUUGUUGUGCUGCUGCCUCCCACUCGGCAUUGCAGCCCUCAUCUUCUCUAUUUCUACUCGUGAAGCCAAUAGCCAUGGCGACCGACUAACGGCUGAGAAGAACUCCCAAACAGCACGGAAACUGAACCACGCCGCCCUCGCCCUUGGCCUCAUCAUCACCGCUACCGUCAUCAUCUUCUAUGUCAUUGGGCAUUAAUUACAAACACCCCCUGAUAUAAUCUAUUAUACAGUAUAAUCUGGAAUAUCGGAAUGGUUGAAAAUCUACUGCCACUGUUUGAACAUCCUUUUCACAAGCCUCUGUAAACAGAUUGUUUAAAGUAAGUGGAAAUAGGGGAAAAUGCAUGUGGUAGACAUGUGAUUACCAAAAAACAUUCUGAACUCACUUGCAUUGUCAUUUUAAAGCCUUUAAUAUGUAUAUAAUAAAUGUUCAAGUAAAAUUUUACUGUCAUGUUCUCAUAAAAAGGAUUUAUCAGUUGACAUUU